AUGUACACUUUAACGGGAAUGGGACAAGUUAAUAAUGCUGUUGAUUAUGAAAAUGAAGAAGAAGAACAACAAAGAGAAGAAAAUGAACAAGAACAAUUACCAAGUACUUCAACUAACAACAACAACAAAACUCGUACAAAACGUGAAGGAAGUGCAACAUCUACAGAUGGAUUAUUAGAAAAAGAUGAAAAAAUUGAAUCAAUUAAAAGAGAAGAAAGUAGUGGAGAACAGAGUACAAGUAGAUCAAGAAGUGCUCCAGGUCGUCCAACAUCGUCCUCCAAAAGACAAAAUGUCACAACAUCUGACGAUACAAUUAUCACAAUUAUUGGAAGCAGCAAUGAUGGGGCAGGAACUUCUUCAUCCCAACCAACAACUAGUAAAGAAAGUGGUCGUUCUCUUCGACGCUCUCGUUCAGCACAAAAUUUUGGUGGCGCAGAGGAAAAUGAUUUGGUUGAAGAACGUGGAGUUAAGCUUGGUUUGGGUGAUUUUAUUUUCUAUAGUGUAUUGGUAGGAAAGGCUAGUAGUUAUGGUGAUUGGAAUGUUACAAUUGCUUGUUAUGUCUCGAUUCUUGUGGGUCUUGCUUUUACAUUAAUGCUCCUUGCAUUGUUCCGCAAAGCGUUGCCAGCCUUGCCAAUUUCUAUUUUUGCUGGAAUAACUUUCUUUUUUGGAACACGAUGGCUUAUUACUCCAUUAAUGAAAGAAAUUGCUUUACGACAAUUAAUACUUUAA